GCAGGACAAGCAUGUUCCCUAUCAGGAUCCCCCCUGAGCUCGGAAUGGGGAGGCUCUUCCCCUGAUGGCGACACAUUUCAAUGCAGCCCUGUAGGAGGUAUUCAGCGCUAGAGCAAUGUGCUUGUGUGUAAGUGGGACCGUGUCAUUGGAUUUAGGAGGAGACGGAGCAGUGAGAAGGUGCUGUGCCUUUAAGAGCAGUGUGUUUGUUUAGAACCUCCUCCUCUGCCUCCCCGGCCGCACUGUGCACUUACUUAGCAGUCAGGCUCUGGGCAGCAGCAUGGGAACCGUAUUCCCUCUAUUUACACAGGGCUCCACUCAGAUGCUGCCCACUCACUCCAACUAAGUUGUGCGGAACGUACCUGCCUGCCGGCCUGAGCCCGGGGAUAUCCGAGCAAUAGCAAAGCCACACAGGGAUUGUGUCGGAGAUACAGAGAGAGGAAAGGAUUGCUGGGGCUGCUGUAGGCAACAAUCACAAUCAGCCACUCUGUGCGCUCUGACAGGAAUAUAACAGCUUUGCCUUUGGAUGUUAGAGGUGUGCGCCCAGCCAGCAUUGGGGAUAAGCUGCCUAUUCCUCCUCACAAACUUGCCAUAAACACAGAGAAAUACCCUGUGAGAUCACAUUGCCCGGCAGUUGUCCUGUCUGUGGUGACAUCUAACACUUCUUGUCUGGGUUCUUUCCUUGGGUGGCUUUGUGUCAGUUUUUUGUUUUGGUUUUUUUUUUUUUUGUUGGUUUGGCCAAAUGUUGCCAAGUGUUGUGAAGAAGAAGAUGUGCUAUAUUGGGUUCUGGAAGCUGUCCGUCUCUUUGGGUUUAGUACUGGUCACACUAAGCGAGGUGGCACCUCAGCCUUGCCCAGCUCAGUGCUCUUGUACGGGCACCACCGUGGACUGCCAUGGGCUUACCCUGCGUAGCGUGCCCCGCAACAUCCCAAGGAACACCGAGCGCCUGGACCUGAAUGCCAAUAAUAUCACUAGAAUCUCCAAGACAGACUUUGCUGGAUUAAGACACCUCCGCAUCUUGCAGCUUAUGGAGAACAAGAUUACCACAAUUGAAAGGGGAGCAUUCCAAGACCUGAAAGAACUGGAAAGACUGCGCCUUAACCGAAACAAUCUGCAGGUGUUCCCUGAACUGCUUUUCCUGGGGACUCCAAAGCUUUACAGACUUGACCUCAGCGAGAACCAGAUCCAAGCCAUCCCGAGAAAGGCAUUUCGUGGUGCAGUAGAUAUUAAAAAUCUGCAGCUGGAUUAUAACCAGAUCAGCUGUAUUGAAGAUGGGGCAUUCCGAGCACUGCGCGACCUGGAAGUACUCACCCUCAACAAUAACAAUAUUACGCGACUUUCCGUGGCGAGCUUCAACCACAUGCCUAAACUCAGGACCUUUCGACUCCAUUCCAACAACUUGUACUGUGACUGUCACCUCGCUUGGUUAUCCGACUGGCUGCGCCAGAGGCCCCGAGUGGGUCUCUACACCCAGUGCAUGGGACCCAUUCACCUGAGAGGGCAUAACAUUGCUGAGGUUCAGAAGCGAGAGUUCGUCUGCACUGAUGAGGAAGAAGGUCAGCAGUCAUUUAUGGUCCAUUCUUGUAGCGUCUUGCAUUGCCCUGCCGCUUGUACAUGCAGCAACAAUAUUGUAGAUUGCCGUGGAAAGGGGCUGACUGAGAUACCCACCAACCUCCCGGAGACAAUAACAGAAAUGAGACUGGAGCAAAAUUCGAUCAAGGUCAUUCCUCCAGGAGCAUUCUCACCAUAUAAAAAGUUGAGAAGAAUUGAUUUAAGCAACAACCAGAUUUCUGAAAUAGCCGCAGAUGCUUUCCAAGGCCUGCGUUCACUCAACUCCCUUGUUCUCUAUGGAAAUAAAAUCACAGAGCUCCCUAAAGGCUUGUUUGAAGGACUGGUCUUAUUACAGUUGCUGUUACUCAAUGCCAACAAGAUUAAUUGUUUACGAGUAGACUCCUUCCAAGAUCUGCACAACCUGAACCUUCUAUCUUUGUACGACAACAAACUUCAAACCAUCGCCAAAGGCACAUUUGCCCCGCUCCGCGCGAUCCAGACGCUGCAUUUGGCUCAGAACCCGUUUAUCUGCGACUGCCAUCUGAAGUGGCUGGCGGAUUAUCUCCAUACAAACCCCAUUGAGACCAGUGGUGCCCGCUGCACCAGCCCCCGCCGACUGGCAAACAAAAGGAUUGGGCAGAUCAAAAGCAAGAAAUUCCGCUGCUCAGGCACAGAAGACUACCGAUCCAAGCUGAGCGGAGAUUGUUUUGCAGACUUGGCCUGCCCAGAAAAAUGUCGCUGUGAAGGAACCACUGUGGAUUGUUCCAACCAAAAACUUACCAAGAUUCCUGACCAUAUUCCCCAGUACACAGCUGAGUUGCGCCUCAACAACAACGAAUUCACAGUUUUGGAGGCAACUGGAAUCUUCAAGAAACUUCCCCAGCUUAGAAAAAUAAACCUGAGCAACAACAAGAUAACAGAUAUUGAAGAAGGGGCUUUCGAAGGUGCCAAUGGCGUGAAUGAGCUACUGCUAACAAGUAAUCGCAUGGAAAAUGUGCGCCAUAAGAUGUUCAAGGGCCUGGAAGGAUUGAAAACCCUGAUGCUCAGAAGCAAUCGCAUUAGCUGUGUGAAUAAUGACAGUUUCACCGGGCUGAGCUCGGUUCGCCUGCUCUCCCUCUAUGACAAUCAAAUUACUACAGUGGCUCCCGGUGCAUUCGACACGCUGCAUUCUCUCUCUACAUUGAACCUUUUAGCGAAUCCAUUUAAUUGCAACUGCCACCUGGCUUGGUUGGGCGACUGGCUUAGGAAGAAGCGCAUUGUCACAGGAAACCCUCGAUGCCAAAAGCCCUAUUUCCUUAAGGAGAUUCCAAUCCAGGAUGUGGCUAUACAAGAUUUUACUUGUGAUGAUGGGAAUGAGGACAAUAGCUGUUCGCCGCUGUCUCGCUGCCCUGCCGAGUGCACUUGUUUAGAUACUGUUGUUCGAUGCAGUAACAAAGGACUGAAGUCUUUACCCAAAGGCAUCCCUAAGGAGGUCACAGAACUAUAUUUGGAUGGAAACAUGUUUCCACUUGUUCCAAAGGAACUUUCUAACUAUAAGCACUUGACCCUUAUCGACCUGAGCAACAACCGAAUCAGCACUCUUUCUAACCACAGCUUCAGCAACAUGACCCAGCUCCUCACCCUGAUUCUUAGUUACAAUCGCCUCCGGUGCAUUCCACUCCGGGCAUUUGAUGGGUUGAAGUCUCUGAGACUUUUAUCCUUGCACGGCAAUGACGUCUCUGCUAUACCUGAAGGGGCAUUCAAUGAUCUUUCCUCACUGUCACAUCUAGCUAUUGGGGCGAACCCUCUGUAUUGUGAUUGUAACCUGCAGUGGCUUUCCGACUGGGUGAAGUCAGAAUAUAAAGAACCUGGGAUCGCAAGGUGUUCUGGGCCUGGGGAAAUGGCUGAUAAGCUCCUCCUCACCACCCCCUCCAAAAAGUUCACCUGCAAUGGGCCUGUAGAUGUCAGCAUUCUUGCUAAAUGUAACCCCUGCUUAUCCAAUCCUUGCAAGAACGACGGCACCUGUAACAACGAUCCUGUCGAAUUCUACCGAUGCACAUGUCCCUAUGGCUUUAAGGGACAAGACUGCGAUGUACCAAUCCAUGCCUGCAUCAGUAACCCGUGUCGGAAUAGUGGUACCUGCCAUUUAAAGGAAGGGGACAAAGACGGCUUCUGGUGCGCUUGUGCCGAAGGAUUCGAAGGUGAAAACUGCGAGGUCAACAUUGACGACUGUGAAGAUAACGACUGCGAGAAUAAUUCUACUUGUGUCGACGGCAUUAACAAUUACACGUGCCGCUGCCCACCGGAAUACACAGCUGCUAAAUUGAAUGAGGUGGAAAAAGGUGAACUUUGUGAAGAAAAACUGGAUUUCUGCUCCCAAGAUGUCAAUCCAUGUCAGCAUGACUCAAAAUGCAUCCUGACACUGAAAGGCUACAAAUGUGACUGCACCCCCGGAUAUAUUGGGGAACACUGUGAUAUCGACUACGAUGAUUGUCAGGAGAACAAGUGCAGAAAUGGAGCCCGUUGCGUUGAUGCAGUGAAUGGUUAUACUUGUGUCUGCCCAGAAGGAUACAGCGGUUUGUUCUGUGAAUCGGCGCCACCAAUGGUUUUACCUCGCACAAGUCCUUGUGACAACUUUGAAUGUCAAAAUGGAGCCCAGUGUAUCGUGAAAGGAAAUGAGCCUCAGUGCCAGUGCUUGCCCGGAUAUCACGGAAACAAAUGUGAAAAACUAGUCAGUGUAAAUUUUGUGAACAAAGACUCGUUUAUCCAAAUUCCUUCGGCAAAGAUCCGCACUCAGGCCAACAUCACUCUGCAGGUCGCCACGGAUGAAGACAGUGGGAUCUUACUCUAUAAAGGUGACAAGGAUCAGGUAGCGGUGGAGUUGUAUCGUGGGAGAGUGAGAGUUAGUUACGACACUGGAAUUAACCCUGCAUCUGCCAUUUACAGCGUUGAGACUAUAAAUGAUGGAAAUUUCCAUGUUGUGGAAUUGGUAAACCUGGAUCAAACACUGUCACUGGUCGUUGAUGGAGGAACCCCUAAAUCCAUUACGAAUUUACCAAAACAGUCAUUAAUAAGUAUUGACUCCACCCUUUACAUAGGAGGUAUGCCCAUGAAAAAUAACAUUGCAGGUCUUCGACAGUCUUCAAGUCAAAAUGGCACCAACUUCCUAGGCUGUAUUAGGAACCUGUACAUCAAUAAUGAACUACAGGACUUCAGAAAACUAAAUCUCCAAGCUGGAGUUCUUCCUGGCUGUGAACCUUGCCAUAAAAAAGUCUGUGUCCAUGGCACAUGUCUGGCUACUAGCCAAGCUGGCUUCACUUGCGAAUGCGAAGGAGGAUGGACAGGACAACUGUGUGAUAUCCAGUCCAACGAUCCCUGUCUGGGAAACAAGUGUGUCCAUGGCACGUGCCUCCCCAUUAAUUCAUUCUCCUACAGCUGUAAAUGCCUUCAGGGCUUUGUGGGGGUUCUCUGUGAUGAACCUGAAGAUCAGCCCAAUCCCUGCCAAUCCAUUAAAUGUAAACACGGAAAAUGCAGGCUUUCGGGCUUAGGGAAAGCCUAUUGUGAAUGCAACAGUGGUUAUACAGGGGACAGCUGUGAUAAAGCUUUCACUGAUUUAUCCCAACGAAUUCCACAGAAAUCUCUUGCCGAGGGGAACGGGUCAGAGAUUACUACCAAAGGCAGCAAGGUUAUGCUGCUUGCCAGACGACCGAGAAGGUAUCAAGACUAGAAUGCAAAGGAGGAUGCUCAAAUGGUCAGUGCUGUGGGCCACUGAGGAGCAAAAGGCGGAAAUAUGCUUUUGAAUGCACAGAUGGUUCAUCCUUUGUGGACGAGGUGGAGAAAGUCAUAAAGUGCGGUUGUACAAAGUGCCCCUCCUAAACAUGUAAACACCAUGAGUCUUUUGAAAAUGUUGUAUACCUAUUGACCAUGUUGGACUAAUUAAAGUUUCAUAGUGGAAAUAUUUGAAUUCUAUUGUAAAAUACAGAAACGGACUUAUUUUUAUUAUGAGAGAGAAUUUUCCUCAGUCUUAAAAAAAAAAAGAAAAAAGAAAACGGAGAAAAAAAAAAAAAGAGAAGGAAUUGCUGAUGCCUGAACUUUUCAUAAGAGGAGCUGAAAAAGGAACUUGAAAAAUUCUGUGGAGAUUCAGCUUCACUGAGGGGUAAUGCAGUUUCUCUUGGACACGGAUAAGACUGGUGCUCGUUUGGCCAGGACAAAAACAUACGUGGCUACAUAUCACCAUUCCCAGGCCUGUAUUGGCACGGCAUGUGGGGAGCACCACAACGAUACGACAAAGGCAAAGCUGUGAACGACGAGGGAUCAAAAUAUUUGUAUUCUUAUAUUGGGUGACUGAGCGGCGUAACUAUUGGGAGAAGCUGCAAGCAUUCCGGCCAAUCCACAAACCAAUCCACAUUUGGACUUUCAUUGAGUUUAACUGUUUUUCUGUUAUUGAUUGCGUUCAUGUCAAAUGAUAGCACAAACAUCUUACACAAGUGUUCAACAAUCCCUUUACCAGUAUUAUUCUUGUUUUGUAAGAUAACGUUUAACUGCGUCAUUAGAGAAGUAAGCGUCGGGUAGUUUUAUCAUUAGGAACAACUGUACAAGUUUGAAAGCGGUAUUCAUACUGAACCAUAUGUAUUUAUUGUAUCCACGUACAGCUUCCUUAACAUUUCUAGGUUCUCCCCCCCCUUUUUUUUUUUUUGAUGUUUUAAUAUAUAUAAAUAUAUUAAUUUAUAAAGAUCCUGAUAUUUUUCUAUUUUGAUAAAGAAUACUCAAAAGUCAGGAUUUUUCUUUACAUUUUGUAAUAGAACUAACACAAGUCAAACGUCUUAGGCUGAUAUGUUCCGUCUGGUGAUCAUUCGCUCGUGGUCGUAAAAUGGCGGCCGUUGUGCAGAGACAGGUGUCUCAGAAUACGUUAUACCUGAGGAACGUACACUGUACAGAAGGAAGAAGUGUCUCUUAUACAGGAAGCUCCACAAACAUAAUAGAAUUUUAUGUUUACAUGAAAUUUGAAAUUGUGUAUUGGACAAUAAAUCAGAACAUGGAAAUUCUCCCAAUCGAUUUUACCAUGAAGUUUAUGUUUCUUUUAGAGCAGAAUAUGCAGACAGAAACUGUGAUUCCCCCCCACCCCCCUUUUAAUAAAACUACUAUAGUACCCUGUGGUCCUCAUGUUAAUAUGUUGCUGCUAAACUCCAGUAUACAGUCGAUUAUGUUGGUAGUGGGCUCCUUUCCUAAAAAAAUAAAAAUGAUACCCAGGGCACUCUGUAAAAAUGCAGAUUUUAUGUUCAAUAUGUUUUUUUUUAUUUUAUAUAUAUAAAUAUAUAUAAAAAUAUUUUUUUUUUUUAUAAAACAAAUAAGUUAGGUGUACAUGUAUAAUGCUGUGUGCUUUGUCUUAUUUGGACUGAUAUCAGUAUUGCGACUGAUGUUUGUAAAUUAAACAGAUAUUACUUUA